CGUCAACGUUUUUGGACUCGUAACUGAAGCUUUGCACACUACAGUUAUGGCACUAAUGUAUACUCAAAAUUCUAAAUGUUAAAACCAUACAAAUUUCAAGUAAAAAUUAGCUUUUUAUUAUUGCAUAUCACUAAAUAAUGAUGGUACGACGCCGUGGCAUGGGUGCUGGCAUAACAUGCAGCGCGUUCCAGCAACAGCCCCUGCAGCAUCGGCCCCAGCAACAGAUGGGCCAACUGAACAUGUCCUGGCUAAACGGCGCAUCGCACCAAUUGACGCCGCGUCGUGACACCUUCGUAUCGAACUUUUGCAACAAAAUGGUGGGUGCAGUGCCGCGUAUGCCGAAUCUUCGCUCGCCCGAGCCGUGCAGUCGAAAGUUAAGUCGCCUGCGGCGAAAAUUGAUGAACAUUUCGCCACAAUUCUCAAGCUCGGCGAAUUGGCAGCCACCGCCUCAGUGCGUGCAGCCCAGUCUAUGGCACAGUCCAAACGCCUCAUUACAGUCGAAUUCGCCCAUUUGGUCGCAAACGAUGAUGCGACCCUGUGCCCAAGGGCAGCUGAAGACAAUCAACGAUUUAUCGAUGCAGUUGAAGCAGCAGCUGCGCCAGCUAAAGCAACAAAGUGCGCAGCAGCAGCAGCAGCAAAAUAAGCGAUUAAGGACAAGCUUUGUGCCGUUCAAUUUUGGCAAAUGUGCGCAGAACUUGCUCAAUUGUCUGGAGAACAAUGCUAGCUACAUGCAUAUGAAGCAAGCGGUAAGCAGAAAGAAAUCUGCAAACAUGAAGCAGCAACAGCAACAGCAGCCACAGCAACUGAAGCUGCAACAUCAACAGAAGCAGCUUCGGCAAACGCAAUCGCAACUGCAGCAACUACAGCAGCUGCAGCAACAACAGCAGCAGCUACAGCAGUUGCAACUACAACAGAAUCAGCUACAGCAGUCGCAAGAGAAGCAGCUACAGCAGCUGCAGCAGCAGCAGCAAUAUUACCAUUUAACGGAUAGCUUUGACUAUGUGAAGCUGGCCGAGCGUAUGGCCACGCAGAUAGUGGAACCACUGGACAUGAGGCUCAACUCGCCGGUGAGCCAUAAAGCUGAUAAUAAUGAGAGCAGCACAACGAUAAUUAACCAAUUCACGGCACCAGCAGCAGAUCGCCAGGAGAAUGAUACCGAUGUCAAGGAAGAUGCCGUAUCGAUCGAUAAAUUCCCAGAUUUCGAUGCGAGUCUGAAGUAUGUAAUGGAACUUCUGUUGGCGGAUAUGUCGGAUAAAUUGAAGGUGAAGCGGCGGCAGCAGCAAUGUUUUCUGACAAAUGAAUCUAAUUUAGAGUCGGAGAUCAGUCUGGCAACGCUGCAGCCAGAGCUGAGCAUAUUGAAUGAGAAUGCAAUUCCGUAUGACAACUGUGUGGAAUUGCUGCGCGAAUUGGAAAACCAGACUGCGCCCGGAGACAGUCUGGUAACGCUGCACGCUGCGAAAGAAGAUGCAACGUGCUGUGGCAAUAGUUCGCCAGCUUCAAAGCAGGCAAUGCAGUCUGGCAACUCUACGGAGCACACUAAUCGGACGAAGCAACCAGCGGCGGAGCAAACUGCAGUGCAGCCCGACGACUGUCUGGCAACACAGCUGCAGGUGGAAGCCAAUUCGUCCCAGCGAAGCACAAAACGAUUUGCCAACGGUGUGGCAACGCCAUGCCAAUCACAAGCGGACUUGCAACAGUUAAAUAUAGCUCAUACAGACAAAAAUCUGGCAACGCUGUGGUACUCACGUGGCAUGUCAAUGCAAUUUGGCAACAGUCCGGUAACGCCGUUGCUGUCAGACUCUGGCCUAACGGACGUAAAUGUAAUCCAGCCGGAGAACAGUCUGGCAACGCCGUCGCAAUCAGAAAUCCAACUAACACCGCUAAACCCACAGCAAUCUGGCAACUGCCUGGCAACGCCAUGGCAGUCAGAAAUCGAUCUGCCAUCGGAAAAUCCAAAAAACGCUACACAGCCCCCUAGCCUGACAACACUCGAUCCGCAGAAGCCAAGCAGCUGCUUGGAGCCGCCGAGUGGCCACGACAAGUUCAGGGAAAUGGACGUAGAGGACAUGGAAAGCCAUUGCAUUGAGGACGAGUUCAAUCUAACAAUCGAGCAGUUGGAACUAUUGCAAGAGAUGCUACAGGAGGAGGAUGAGCACCUGAACUAUAUGGAUUGGUUAACCAUAGGACAUGCAAAUGACUUCGAAAUCAAUCCAACGGAAGACGUAACGAGUCCCUUAUGGAAAUGUCCGUUGAUGAAUCUGAUACAUAAGCCCAAUGGGAACGGCGAACGCCUAAAAGCCGGCAAUCGCAAAGAAACUGACAACGAUUUCUCCAUCUAUAUGAGGAAUACUCCCGAUGAUCAGGAUAUUGAUGAGCCAGCAGCGCAUAAAGCGAAGAUAAACCGCAAGAGGAAAAGCGCCAAGGGAACGUCUAAGGCCAAAUCCUUGAGUAAGAGUUCUCGUAGUAGACAUCAGCAUAAGUCGAAGCGGAGAGAUCAUGAGCUGGAAAUUAUGCGAAUGCCAACGCGUUGGCCAUUGCAUUGGCCCAGUCCCCGUGUCAUACAGCAUAUGAACAAGAAGAAGAAGAAGUUGGUAUUACGUGGCAUGUGCAGCACACGAAUGCCCAACCUGAAACUGAACAGCUGUACCUCAAAGCUGAAGCAUCCAACACAUUCAAAUAGCCUAAAGAAAACCUAUAGUCGCAUGCACAAACCCCUCCUGAAUCAACUGCCAAUGACAAGAAGCUAUUCCGAGUUCUGGUACCACUAAGUCCACGCAAUAUACAUAUUUAUCUAUGUAUAUAUAUAAAAGCAUGGGUCAUACAUAAGAACAUAGUCUAGUUGAAGAUGUCUUUAACUAGGAUCUGCUCCUAUGUGCAAUCCAUGCACUCUGUGUCUAUAUAUAUACAUAUACCCGUACAUCGUUAAGAUAUUGAGUGCUUUAAUAAAGUUUGAGUCGAACCCUAACCAAAA